AGUGGAACCAACAGGCGGCCGCGGGGAGUAAGCACGCCGUGUCCCCACCGUGUGCCUACAGUGGAACGGCCCGGGCGGAACCAACAGGCGGCCGCGGAAGGCCACUAAAAGCCCCUCUUUCCAUCCCCCCAUCUGCCUGCAGUGGAACGGCCCGAGCGGAACCAACAGGGAGGGGCGCUGAGCGCGCCGUGUUUUACCCCCCGUCUGCCUGGAGUAGAACGACCCGGGCGGAACCAACGGGCAGCCGCGGGGGCGUUGUGGGCCGCGGCGCGGUUCCCCGCUCCCCGGCUCCGGGGCACUGAGGAGCGGCGCCCGCGGGGCAGCGAGGAGCCCGAUGCCGGGUUCUGCGCGUCAUUUUCGGCCCCGCGGGCAUCCCGUGAAGCCCACCUGGGUCCGCCAGCCCUGUGACACUCCCCAGAGCGGAGCUCCGAGGCCCCUCCGCGGCCUCGCAUCCGGCCCCUCCAGCGCGCGCCUCUCAGGCCCCGCCCGCCGGCGUCCCUUUGUUGUGAAGGCGGCGGGGCCUAGACGGGGGCGCCCGAGCGCGGGGGCCAGCGCUAUGCCUGCGGCGGAGACUGCAUCAGGCUGUUGGUGGGUUCUGCGUGCUGGGUGCUGUGCUCGGUGCUCGGUGCUGGGUGCUGCGAGCGUCUGCUUCUGUGCUUUGCCAGGGAGAGGCCCUGGUGGCCUCGUUCCUGGCGCCCGGAGUCCCUGCUGUGGCUGCACCCCCAGGCGGUCCCGGUGACCCAUGCUGCCCAGCCUGGAGGUAAAAUCAUUCCUGGCGGUGGCUUCAGCAUGUCGUCCUCGGUGAAAACCCCAGCGCUGGAAGAGCUCGCUCCUGGCUCUGAGGAGAAGCCUAAAGGCAAGUCGCCUCUCAGCUGGGGCUCUCUCUUUGGUCACCGAAGUGAGAAGAUUGUUUUUGCCAAGAGCGACAGCGGCGUGGAUGAGAACGUACUGACUGUCACCAUCACGGAGACCACGGUCAUCGAGUCAGACUUGGGUGUGUGGAGCUCACGGGCACUGCUCUACCUCACGCUGUGGUUCUUCUUCAGCUUCUGCACACUCUUCCUCAACAAGUACAUCCUGUCCCUGCUGGGAGGCGAGCCCAGCAUGCUAGGCGCGGUGCAGAUGCUGUCCACCACGGUUAUCGGGUGUGUGAAAACCCUCGUUCCUUGCUGUUUAUAUCAGCACAAGGCCCGGCUUUCCUACCCACCCAACUUCCUUAUGACGAUGCUGUUUGUGGGUCUGAUGAGGUUUGCAACUGUGGUUUUGGGUUUGGUCAGCCUGAAAAAUGUGGCAGUUUCGUUUGCUGAGACGGUGAAGAGCUCCGCCCCCAUCUUCACAGUGAUCAUGUCUCGGAUGAUUCUAGGGGAGUACACAGGGCUGCUGGUCAACCUCUCCCUCAUCCCAGUCAUGGGCGGGCUGGCGCUGUGCACGGCCACUGAGAUCAGCUUCAACCUCCUGGGGUUCUCGGCCGCACUGUCCACCAACAUCAUGGACUGUUUGCAAAAUGUUUUUUCGAAAAAGCUUCUCAGCGGGGACAAAUACAGGUUCUCGGCCCCGGAGUUGCAGUUCUACACCAGUGCCGCCGCGGUGGCCAUGCUCGUCCCGGCCCGGGUCUUCUUCACGGACGUCCCAGUGAUCGGGAGGAGCGGGAAGAGCUUCAGCUACAACCAGGACGUGGUGUUGCUGCUUCUGACAGAUGGAGUCCUGUUCCACCUUCAGAGCGUCACGGCCUACGCCCUCAUGGGGAAGAUCUCCCCUGUGACAUUCAGCGUCGCCAGCACCGUGAAGCAUGCCUUGUCCAUCUGGCUCAGCGUCAUCGUUUUUGGCAACAAGAUCACCAGCUUGUCGGCGGUCGGCACAGCCCUAGUGACAGUUGGGGUCCUGCUCUACAACAAGGCCAGGCAGCACCAGCAGGAGGCGCUGCAGAGCCUGGCUGUGGCCACCGGCCGGGCCCCAGAGGACACGGUGGAGCCGCUGCUUCCACAGGACCCCAGGCAGCAUCCCUGAGAGCAGGAAGCUGCCAGCUGCUGCUGUUCUCGUGACACUGCAUCCCCCGGAAACGGACAGGAACGCCCUCCUUCAUGGCCCUGCUGGGGUGCAGGACACGGGGAGCUAAGUCAGCCAUGCCCUGAGGUUUUCUUGGUUUGCCAGUGAAGACCAGCGGAAGCUCAAACUGGGGAUUCCAGGCAUCAGCUUCCUGGAGUGGAGACCAGAGCCCCUGUCAGCUGAGCCCAUGCCCGCGUCAUGUGAAAACAGCCUCUGCAGCUCCCGUGCUGGGGGUGCCCACUUCCUCCCACUUCCUCUCUGGGCAGCACCCCAGGGUCCACCGGGAGCCAGGGCUGGGUCCAGUGCCAACGAGAGCUGCUCCCUGCUACAGCCAAGAGAGCGCUCAGCUUCCCACACCAGCCAUCAAAGGCCCUGAGCCCUGGACUGGCUGCAGAUUGGCCCUGGGCAUGAGGCCACAGAACAGGGCCGACGGGCAGGGACAGAGAACCCUGGAAGGAAGGGUCUCCUGCUGCCACAGUGGGCAAUCAGAACUUCUCCUCACCUGACCCACCAGGGUUGUGGGCAUCCUCAGACUAUCCCAGAGUCAUUGCGAGCCUCAAGCUACAGCAUUGCAUGGGAAUCAAGGGCUAUGACCACGGAGGCCAUUCCGUUGCUUCUGUGAAGAGGAAGGCCCCCGUACCCCUUCCACAUCCUGGGCUGCGUGAGCCCCCGACUCCAGCGUGCCCUGCCCAUCGCCUUCCACACCCUGGGCUGCGUGGGCCCCUGCCCCACUAUCCCUUACCCACCCUGGGCUGCGUGAGUGCCCGCUCUGGGGCGUCCUGCCUGUCACUUCCACACCCUGGGCUGCAUGAGCCCCCCCACCCCAGGGCGCCCUGCCCUCCUACCUGUGGUGGUUUCUUAGCCCUGAGGUUGAGGACAAACCUCUCAUGUUUAAUUUGGGAGGAGAUGUGUACAUUCCUUUUCUUUUUUGGACUCUGAGUAUCAGGCAGGCUAUUCUGAGGUCCCUGGGGGGUGAGCCUGUCUGUCCUCCCUUGGAGCCCAGUGUUCCUAAUCUCAUCAUCCAGCACCUGUCCGGAUCCCCGCAUGAGCCUUGGGCAGGACGUUGCAGUGUUGAUGGCUUGGGUUACAUGGUGUUUACCUGGGCGCCAUCCUUGCUGAAAAAGGAAGCACCCACACUGAACGUUCUGGGGCGCAUGGUGUGUGUCAGGCGCCCACCCCGUCCCACUCUCCCCGAGGGACAGCAGUAGUGCACAGUGGGGCCAAGGGCCAGCUCAACCCCUCCUCCUCAGCAUCACACAUCCCCGAGGGUACAGGAGGCCUGAGGAGUGGUUGCUGGAGCUGUGUGUUAGGCAGAGGCUUCUGACCAUGCCUGAGCCCUUCACCCCCCGUCUCGCAGCUGGCGAAUUCCUAUGCCUGGUGCAGUCUGUUGCCAGUGAGCCUUUGAGACCCAGAGCUCCAGGGCUUGUCAGAGGCAGCAUGGGGCUCCAGUGGUCCCGAGUCUCAUUUCCCUGCCUACUCCAUCCCGAGUCUCAUUUCCCUGCCUGCUCCAUCCUGAGUCUCAUUUCCCUGCCUAUUCCAUGCCAAGUCUCAUGUCCCUGCCUGUUAAGCCCCGAGUCUCAUUUCCCUGCCUGCUCCAUCCUGAGUCUCAUUUUCCCUACAUGCUCUUUAGGCCAUUGGCGCCUGAGGUCACUUCACUGGUUUUCCAUUCGGCUUCUCACCUGGGAAAUACAAAAAUAGACCCUCCUGAAGAUAAAAUCGUUCAGAAACAGCAAUAAUUAUGACUCAUUAACUUCUACCUACUCAAAAAAGUCUUCCUUGAUGGUGGACUGAAAUGAGGCUUUUUAACCCACAGGCAACCUUUUUAUUUUUUUGAGACUGUCUUGCUCGCUCUGUCACCCAGGCUGGAGUACAGUGGCAUGAUCUUGACUCACUGCAGCCUCGACUUCCUGGGCUCAAGUGAUCCAUCUCAGCCUCCUGUGUCGCUCUAACCACAGGCACGUGCCACCAUGCCUGGCUAUUUUUUUGUUGAGCUGGGCUCUCACUUUGUUGCCCAGGCUGGUCUUGAACUCCUCAGCUGAAGCAGUCCUUCCCACUCAGCCUCCCGUAGUGUUGGGAAUACAGGCGUGCACCACUGCACCUGCUCCAGCCACUUGUAUAAAACCACUGACCUGUGUGUGGAGGACAGGCCAGGUGUGUGCUCACUGCACUGCGAAGAUGGGUCAUCACGUGACUUUCACCAGUUUUCCAUUUCUCUUUUUCUGCUUUCCUCAAAAACCAAUACAAGACUGGGUGCGGUGGCUCACACCUGUAAUCCCAGCACUUUGGGACGCUGCAGCUGGCGGAUCACAAGGUCAGGGGUUUGAGACCAGCCUGGCCAACAUGAUGAAACCUCGUCUCCACUAAAAAUACAAAAAUUAGCUGGGUGUGAUGGUGGGUGCCUGUAAUCCCAGCUACUCAGGAGGCUGAGGGAGGAGAAUUGUUUGAACCCUGGAGGUGGAGGUUGCGGUGAGCCGAGAUCGUGCCAUUGCACUCCAGCCUGGGCAACGGCAAGACUGUCUCAAAAACACUUAGAAAAUGCCCUGGAGGUGGCAGAGGGUUGUAGAUAUGUGAGGCCAACCCCCAGGGUGGCCCUGUCCGCCUCCCCAUUGAGAAUGGCUGCCAGGCUUCCCACUAACCUCUGAAGAUGACGGUCUGGUGUAAGAAGAGGUGCAGGUGCCUGAUUCUGAGCACCUUGGACUUUCUCGCCGCACAUCCUCUGGUGCCCUCUCUUCCACCCUGACAAGGAGCUUCCAGCCUCUUUUGAUUUUCUGUUUGUGGACCAGAAACACGUUUUUCCAAAUGAUGAGCAAAUAGGGUGAUUUCCUUUGUAAUGCUGCUCUGGGGCCUCUUCCUCAUCCUGGCAGAAGCAGCCUGGAUACCAUGCAGCAGCCGACACUGUGCACUUGCUCAGGCUUGCUGUCCCCUCCCUCUCCCUCAGUCUCCUCUCCAUGCCCAAGUUGGUUUCCAGCCGCUGGUCUUCACGGCAUUCCCAGUACAGCCAGGCACCAAGAGGCAAUACCCAAGGCCUGGCUUGGCCAUGUUAACGAUUGUACAGAUAUAUAUUUUUAAAUAACUUUUAUGUAAUACUUUUCUAGAAUAGUAAGUUCUUGUUAACUGUCACAGAUGUCCUAGAAACACCAGGUGUUACUUCCACUGAGUGUGUCCAUGGUCGUGGUCUGUGCCUUUGUAAACAGAACACUUGAACCACCUCCCGAAUUGGGUCAUCUGCUUCCUGAAAUUGACACUUAAGAGAUGUGCAUCUCUCUAACUUUCAAGGAAACUUCCCCACUAAAUAGCAUGAAAAGGUUUAAAUAAAAUCUGAGAGUCCCAAUUCCCUCUAUAACAGUGUUAAAAUAAUCUGUCUGCCUGGAAAGACGAAAACACUCUUGCACAACCCAAAAUGUGUCUUUAAUUUCUGAAAAAUUAACAUGGUGAGUCAAACAGUCAUUUUAAAGAGCUGAGCAAAGAAUAUCAUCAGCCAAAUAGAGCUCUGCUUUGUAGGGUGCCUUUAAACUCCUUGCCACAAAACCAGUGAGCUCUGCUUGCUGCUGCCGCGCUCCUGGAUGAUCACUUAGAUGGGUCAGUGGGAAUAAUGGGCGAACAAGACAGUUCUUUACAUCUGUCCAAAUGGUGUCCUUUCUCAGGCCUGGAAGUAUUUCAUUGCUGGAAGAAGGAAACAAGAAUGUCAUUGCAGAUAGGAACAGACUUCUCUCGUUUACCUUUGACCAACAUGGUACUGAGGGGUUUAUUUUUUUUUUAUUAUUUAUUUAUUUUUUUUUUUUUUGAGACGGAGUCUUGCUGUGUCACCCAGGCUGGAGUGCAGUGGCCCGAUCUCGGCUCACUGUAAGCUCCGCCUCCCGGGUUUACGCCAUUCUCCUGCCUCAGCCUCCGAGUAGCUGGGACUACAGGCGCCCGCCACUGCGCCCGGCUAGUUUUUUGUAUUUUUUAGUAGAGACGGGGUUUCACCAUGUUAGCCAGGAUGGUCUCGAUCUCCUGACCUCGUGAUCCACCCGCUUCGGCCUCCCAAAGUGCUGGGAUUACAGGCUUGAGCCACCGUGCCCGGCCCUGAGGGGUUUAUUGUUUCCCAGCGCACGUGCGUGCCCUACUGGGGGCCUCACUUUAUAGAACGAGAGUGUCCGAGCUCCCCUAAUGAAUCUGACUAGGUCUCUCCUGGCUGAGGAUACAGGAGUGGGACAUCCACCCUCAGAUCCCUCAGAGCACAGAAACCUUCAGCUUGGCUGUCUCAAGUAUUUCUUCCAGUUUCCCUGUGGGCGUCUGAUGUUUGAGUUUGAUGGCUGCUAGAUCCUCAACGAAAACUCAGUUGGAAACUUCCAACUCGCAGUCCUAGUUUGUUUGUUGUUUUCCAUUUCAUUUCACUUACAGCUGAAAGUGACAUUCAGCUGACUUGCUCAUUUAAACUGUUCACAGAGUCUGAACUGCCAACGUGGCCAUUGGAGGCUCCAUCUUUUAAGAGGGCCACAGACUUUCCCACAUGGGAAAACUUGAAAAUUACAUCAACAAUUGACGUCAGAGCCAAAUUAUAUUUCCUUUAUACCAAACUGUGGAGAACUAAAAGUACAUUGUACAAAAUGUUUCUAGUGUUUUGUAUGUGACCUAUUUCAAUAUUUAUAUUACUAGAUCAGUGCUUUCCAGCAAAUGAUUCUGUUAAAUAAUGUAGCCAGUCGCUGUUAAUUCUGCAGCAGUGAUAAGCUGAUACUGUGCAACUAAUCCUGUGGACGCUUCCUGCUUAUUUUUGUCUAAACUAAGUUAAUCAUGAUAGCAGCUAUGAUUCUUGCUCAGCAAAGUAAAAUAAAUGUUAAAUA